UAAUUUUAAGAUUACAUUUUUAGUACAUAUUCGCACAAAUAUAAAAGAAACAUAACAUAUUAGGCCCACAAGUUUAUUGAUACACAUCAUGGGAAUUCCGUAUUUAUUUGUUAUACUUUCUAUAACAUUUGCAUUAUGCAAAGGCAGCGAUGUCGAUGGCACUGAGGCUCGCAUGCAGCGGUUUGCUGAAUACACUAAAUACUAUUUAUAUUCUAGACAAAAUGUUCAUAACGCCAUUGAACUUUCUGCUGAUACACUAGCAUCAGCUGAAAUUAAUCCUGCUCUUGACACAGUCGUGAUCAUCCAUGGACAUAUACAAAACAAUGAUUUAAGAUAUGAAGCUGAUAUUAAAAACGCAUUCUUGCAGCGACGUGACCACAACGUUAUCCUCGUUGAUUGGCGUGUGACCGCCGCCAUGGACUACAUAUCGGCCUUUAAUUUUGUGCCCGAAGUUGCAAAAAACGUUGCUACAUUCCUAACUGCUUUCUCUGAGGCUGCUGCUGGAGCUGGAAAUACAACAUCACCUGAGGAACCUGGGACUGAGGAUGGAAACGGCACACCGGCGCCGGAUGAAACCAGCAGCAGAGCUUAUGGUAUCAAUGGUGACGAAUUAAACGUAGAGUUAUAUGCUGAAGAGGCCACCACCAUUCACAUAGUUGGCUUCGGUCUUGGAGCACAUCUUGCUGGUAUUGCCGCGAGGAAUUUAGAAGUUGAUGUUGAUAGGAUCACAGCCUUAGACCCCUCUGGUAGAAACUGGGGCUCCAACUCUGCCCGUCUCUCGCCAUCAGACGCUAAAUACGUGGAAGUUAUCCACACAGAUGGCUAUGGCAAUGCAGCGAAUGGUUUGUCCGAGCCACUCGGCCAUGUAGACUUCUACCCUAAUGGAGGUAGACAUGUUCAACCGGGAUGUGGGAAUCAAAUUUGUAGCCACAAUAGAGCGUGGGAACUAUUUGAAGCCACCAUCCUUAACCCAGGCCAACUUAUCGGGUCCAAAUGUAAAGAUUUGAAAGACAUGGAACACAACAAAUGCCCUGGUACUAAAGUGGAAAUGGGAGGCAUAGAAGUGCUGAAGUUUGCAUCUGGUAUCUUCAGAUUAACCACAAGGAAUGUCUUCCCCUUCGUCUAAGCUUUAAAAAUAAUAUAAAUAUGUUUGUUAUUCAACAACGAUGACUUGUGAAAAAUAUAAUUAUAUAAGUUGUAAUAAAUAGAUUUCAUGUAA